UAUACACUCUCCUUCACAUGUGCCUUCUCAUUCCACUUCACUUUCCUCAACACACCUACUUCAAAUUAACACGCACAACACACAUUUUUCUCCCACUAGGAAAAAAGAAAAAGAAAAAUAUGGCGGGCGGCGGUUUUGGCCCUGGCCCCGGCGCCGGAAAAGCAUAUCCCGGCAACCUAACCCCUUACGUCGUUGUCACCUGCAUCAUCGCGGCCAUGGGCGGCCUCAUCUUCGGCUACGACAUCGGAAUUUCAGGUGGUGUGACGUCAAUGGACUCGUUUCUCGAGCGGUUUUUCCCGUCGGUUUACCGGAAACAGAUGGCCGAUGACUCGACGAGUCAGUACUGCAAGUUCGACAGCGAGACGCUGACAAUGUUCACGUCGUCGCUCUACCUGGCGGCGCUCCUCUCCUCGCUGGCGGCGUCGACGGUGACGAGGCGGCUCGGCCGGAAGCUGUCGAUGCUGUUCGGCGGCGUGCUGUUCUGCGCCGGCGCGUUGAUCAACGGGUUCGCGCGUGGGGUGUGGAUGUUGAUAUUGGGCCGGAUUCUGCUGGGUUUUGGAAUUGGGUUCGCCAAUCAGGCCGUCCCAUUGUAUCUAUCCGAGAUGGCCCCAUACAAAUACCGUGGGGCCCUCAACAUCGGAUUCCAGCUGUCAAUCACAAUCGGCAUCCUCGCCGCCAACGUCCUCAACUACGGCUUCGCCAAGAUCCGCGGCGGCUGGGGCUGGCGGCUCAGCCUCGGUGGCGCGGUGGUCCCCGCUCUCAUCAUCACCGUCGGCUCCCUCGUCCUCCCGGAGACCCCCAACUCCAUGAUCGAGCGCGGCCACCACGAGGCCGCCCGGUCGCGGCUCCGUAGGAUCCGCGGCCUCUCUGACGUCGACGAGGAGUUCGACGACCUCGUCGCCGCCAGCGAGGAGUCGAAGAAAGUCGAGCACCCGUGGCGGAACCUCCUUCAAAAGAAGUACCGGCCCCACCUCACGAUGGCCGUGGCCAUCCCGUUUUUCCAGCAGUUGACUGGGAUAAACGUGAUCAUGUUCUACGCGCCCGUGCUUUUCAAGACGAUCGGGUUCGGGGGUGAUGCCGCGCUGAUGUCGGCGGUGAUCACAGGUGGAGUCAACGUGUUUGCCACGGCAGUGUCGAUUUACGGGGUCGACAAGUGGGGGAGGAGGUUUUUGUUCCUCGAGGGCGGGAUUCAGAUGCUCGUCUGUCAGAUAGUAGUGGCGAUCUGCAUAGCAGUGAAGUUCGGUGUGGAUGGGAACCCGGGGGAGCUCCCCAAGUGGUAUGCCAUCGUGGUGGUGCUAUUCAUCUGCAUCUACGUGGCGGGGUUCGCGUGGUCGUGGGGCCCGCUAGGGUGGUUGGUCCCGAGCGAGAUCUUCCCCCUCGAGAUUCGGUCGGCGGCCCAGAGCUUGAACGUGUCGGUCAACAUGGUCUUCACGUUCGCGGUGGCACAGGUGUUCUUGACUAUGCUCUGCCACCUCAAGUUCGGGCUUUUCCUCUUCUUCGGGUUUUGGGUGUGUGUGAUGACGGCCUUCGUGUACUUCUUCCUGCCCGAGACGAAGAAUAUUCCGAUUGAGGAGAUGGGGGUCGUGUGGCGGCAGCACUGGUUCUGGUCGAGGUUCGUCGGGGGUGAGGGUGGGUAUGCCAAUGGGCAUGCCAAUGGCAAUAGCAAUGGGAAUGGCUCCUUUGAGAUGAAGAAGGGGAUAGUAUGAAUAUGAUGAGAAAGGGAAGAAAUUCAUUCAAAAGAAUGGAUAUUGAAUUUUUUUUUUCUGUGUGUAUUUGUAGUUUGGUGUUAUUAGGGAUAUACUAGGUGCAAUUUGGGGUUCAAAACUUGUUUUCUUGAUCUUUUUUCACUUUCCUGUCAUUUUAAAUAGAGAUUGUAUGGACUAAAAAAAAUAGAGAUUGUAUGGAUUUUUAACUCUUAGUGUCAAAAGGAAUUUUUAUGAAAUGAAAUGAUGGUUGUUUAUAAA